AUGUCACUACGUACCAUAGGUGUUAGGCAGGGUAGAGAAAAUUAUUUAACGGGCUUUUUUGCUGCAAAGCCAACGUACCAGCCACGUACUGUAUCCAAUAUCAAUUGUCGAUCGUGGCCAUACCCGUGGCUGCGCAGAAUGUCAAAGUCGAGACUCGAGAGCGCCCGCGCACCCAUCAGCCUUGAUGCUGAGCCAUCACUAGUCAACUGGAGGCUUCGAGCGUGUCGGCGGUGA